AUGAGUAACAAAAAGCAACUUCAGGUUUAUAGCCAAGAAGAGAUUCGCAAACAUGCUUCUGCUGAUGAUCUAUGGAUAACAAUCGAUGGAUCUGUAUACGACCUCACGAGAUUUGCUGAUCUCCAUCCUGGAGGGGCUUUCCCUCUGUUGGAAGUUGCUGGUAAAGAUGCCACAGAUGCCUUCUAUGGGCUUCAUCGACAAGAUGUUUUGCGCAAAUAUGAUCGUUACAAGAUUGGUACCAUUGCCGACUUUAAACCCCAAGUGGAAUGGCGUGAACCUGGAUCCUCAUCCAAGGUUCCUUAUGCCGAGCCAAUGGCUUUCCAAGGCUUUAAGUCUCCCUAUUACACUGAGUCACAUUUCAAGUUCAGGGAUGCUGUUCGUGCCAUCUUGGAUCCUAUGAUUGAGGAAGCUCGUCAAUACGAAGACUCCGGCGAGAAGCCAUCCGACGAAUUUCUCCAGAAACUCGGUGCUCAUGGGAUUCUUGCAGCUAAUGUAGGACCAGGACCUUGGCUGAAAGCAUUCCAAUUACCUGGCGGUGUAAAAUCUGACGAAUAUGAUUACUUUCAUGAGCUGUUGUUGCACGGUGAAUUUGCUCGAUUCUCUGCUCCAGGCUUCACAUCUGGCCUUCUUGGUGGCAUGACCAUCUCUGUACCCACAGUUCUGAAUUUUGGUAGUCCAGCUCUUCGUACCAAGGUUGUACCAGAGGUAUUCAGCGGUAAAAAGAGAAUGGCAUUAGCUAUUACUGAGCCUUACACUGGCUCUGAUGUUGCCAACAUCAAGACCACUGCCGUCAAGACACCAGAUGGGAAACACUUUAUCGUCAAUGGUGUCAAGAAGUGGAUCACCACAGGCCACUAUGCUGACUACUUUUCUACUGCUGUCCGAACUGAAAAGGGCAUCUCCAUGCUUCUUAUUGAGCGUGGUGAAGGUGUCGAGACAAAACUGAUCAAGACAUCAUACUCUCCAAGCGCUGGUACGGCAUAUGUUACAUUUGAAAAUGUAAAGGUACCAGUUGAAAAUCUUUUGGGCAAAGAGGACAAAGGUUUCCACGUCGUGUUAUCUAAUUUUAACCACGAAAGAUGGUCCAUGUUGACAGGUGCCUCUAUGGCAGCCAGAAUCGCAGUGGAGGAGUGCUUUAAAUGGGCCAACCAAAGACAAGUGUUCGGUAAACGUUUGAUUGAUCAGCCUGUCAUCCGUUUCAAGUUGGCCAAAAUGAUUGCAUCGGUUGAAAGUGUUCAUAGCUGGAUUGAAAACUUGACAUAUCAAAUGAAUCACAUGAAUUAUGCUGAGCAGUCUUCCAAGCUUGCUGGACCCAUUGCUCUCUGUAAAUAUCAAGUAACCAGAAUGUUGCAUGAUGUAUCUGAUGAUGCAUGUCAAAUCUUUGGUGGAAGAGCCAUUACCAAGACUGGUAUGGGUAGACAAAUCGAGACUUUGCAAAGAACAUACAAGUUUACUGCUAUUUUGGGCGGUGCAGAAGAAAUCAUGGCAGAUUUGGGUGUAAGACAGGCCAUGAAGAAGUUCCCAAUUGGUGCUCGUCUUUAA